UGCUUUUGUAUACUUAGAAUGAAUUUCACACGGUACCAUACAUGUAGCCUUUCUGCGAUUGCUUGUUUUGGCUGUGUGCAGUGAAUGUGAUAUCGACUUGGACAAUUCCGAUGUGUCUACGGCAAUGCCAAUGAACUGUGCGAAUAUGAAAGAGUAAAUUGACUAAGUGGCAGUGUUUAGAUCAACCUUGAAAUGAAAGAAAAGAAGAAAACAAAAAUGGACAGUUCUCUGUUUACUCCGAGUGGUCAGCUUCUAUCCAAAAAUCAAGGAACCAGAUGAUAUAUAGUACAUUGUAGCAUCAACUGGAGAUGUAAUGCACUGAUGAUGAACUGUUCAAAAAUGACCAUUUCCAAGCAUACUGCACUGUGGAUGGCGUCCUUCUCCACUGUUCUUCUUCUAUUGCUGUGUCUGUUUUGGAAUGAUCCAGUAUUGAAGAGUCAACAGUAUAUUGUGCCACCACCAAGACCUUAUUAUUUGCCAAAAAAAUCUGAAAACGUGAAUAUAAACUUAAAAUCAUCUGGUUCUUAUAAACUCACAGAAGAAAAAGAAGACAUAACUGAAAUACUAGAUGGUGUUAAAAGUAUGGAACACAAAAAGUCCCUGUUAGUUACACUGAUCAACAAUGCUUAUCUCCCAUUCACCUACAGCUGGCUAUGUAACACUAAAGACAUGAAUAUUCAUAAGCAGGUUUUAUUGAUUACAACUGAUGGUGAGUCCAAAGACCAACUGAAUACAUUAUGGCCAGACGUCAAAGUGGUCGCUAUUUCAGGGAUGUCAUCAAAUGGAGAUCAAACCUAUAGCCAUGCUGGCUAUGUAAGACUUAUGAUCAGACGAACACAAAUAUUGUUGAAAAUGUUGCAGAAUAAUAUAGAGAUAUUCCUGUUUGAAGUUGAUUGUUUGUGGAUAAAAAAUCCUGUCCCAAUAUUAGCGAACAAUACAGGUUUUGACAUUUUGGUAAACCCUGUUUCUAAUAGACCUGGGAUAGUGGCAGGCGGUUUUAUAUACAUGUUUCCUACACGUGCAACAAAAUAUUUAUGGAAUGAGCUGAAUAAUAAACUGACAAAAUUAGAACAGAGGAUAAGGAAUUUACCUCCGGGGAGAGGUAUUUCUGAAGGUGAAAAUGACCAAAUAUAUCUAUCAGAUUUAGUCAAACGAAGAGUUGAUGGUUUAAAAUGUAAAACUUUGCCACUGACAGACUUUGCAGAUGGUAAAUGGUAUACAUUACCAAAUAAAACAAAGACAGCAUCAGAUCCUUAUGUAGUCAACAAUAACUGGGUGAAUGGUAACCAGAACAAAAUUUCAAGAGCAAAAGCUUGGGGACAUUGGUUUAUCAGGAAAGAUAACUCUUGUGAUACAGAACAAGUGAAAACAAUUGUUAAGCUUUGAUGCAACUUUGAUUUAAGUAGAAUAUACAGAAGAAAGUGUAAUAAUAGUUCAAACGUCAUUUUUUAAAGAAAUUUAAAAGAAAUGUAUCAUCGUUUUUUACAUAUAUAUUUGUUUUGUAAGCAGAAUUUUUCAAAUACUUCAAAAUUAGAGAUGAAAAAUAAGUA